UGAGGCAAUGAAUGCAGCCUACUAACGAUGUAGAAAGGACGAUUUUGCAUGAACCGAGAACUUCUUCAGAUUUCUAACUAGCAAAUUAUGUCGUCUAUAAUAUGGAGACAGUUGUCUACAUUUUCAUCAGGAUCUCGCUGAAAAUUUGUUUUUUGCCAAAGCAACGAACUAGAUUUCGCCACCCCCUCGUUGUUCCAGUCACUCCUCACAGUCCUGUCUUGGAGGGCUGGUUAGGAGGUCCUUUUUCGUGUUAGAUUCACAACUAGCAAUGAUGCUUCAAUAUUUUCUAAAUGUGAGGUAAACUAUUGGCAUAGUUUGCGAACGUUACAUAUCAAGAAGCGGAGGGCCACUUUAACGAAUGCAUCAAAACAUUAAUUUAAACCAGUGAGAUUGGAAUUUGCAGACGGAGCCCAUCCGACCCUUUUCCCCCGAACCUGGAUAUCGGAAUGGUGGCUUGGAGCACCGAUAAUCUGGACACUUCCGGGGAGCCCACUACCCGCUCCGUGGGCACCACUGCCAACUUGAAGGGGAAGAUGAGCAAGAGGCUGUCUGUUGUGAAAGGUCACUUCCCUAAGCUCGUUGACUGUGCCCACUUCCACUAUGACAAUGUGGAGUUUGGCUCCAUCGAGUUGCAGUUUGCGAACGAGCAGAGCGAUGCCAGCUGGAUCUCAGGCUCUGCCAAAGACCUGGUUUUCCUGGUGCAGGUGUCCUGCCAGGCAAAGACGUGGAUGGUUCGGCGCUCCUAUGAGGAGUUCCGUACUCUGGACGCUCACCUCCACCAGUGUAUCUACGACCGGCGUUACUCCCAGCUGCUGCCCCUGCCACCCCUCAGCGAGAUUGGGGACAGGGUAGAGAUCUUCACCCCGCUGCUGUCGGAGUACCUGAGCCGCCUCUCCAUGAUCGUGGACAACAAGCUCAACUGUGGGCCUGUGCUCACCUGGAUGGAGAUUGACAACCGUGGGAAUCGGUUCCUCCUGAAAGAGGAAGCUUCGCUCAACGUUCCCGCCAUCGCCGCUGCUCAUGUCAUCAAGCGCUACACGGCGCAGGCCAGCGACGAGAUCUCCAUUGAGGUGGGAGAUAUCCUGUCUGUAAUUGAUAUGCCACCCAAAGAGGACUCCAACUGGUGGAGGGGGAAGCAUGGCUUCCAGGUGGGCUUCUUCCCCAGUGAGUGUGUGGAGCUCAUCAACGAGAAGCCUCAGUCCGCCGCUAAAAUAGAUGGAGAUCCAGCCAACUCCAACGCCCCAGGACCUCCCUCUCCUACAUCCGUUUCUAAGAAGCACGGCAAGCUGAUGGGAUUCCUGCGCAACUUUAUGAAGUCCAGACCCACCAAGCAGAAGCUCAAACAGAAAGGAAUUCUUAAGGAGAGGGUGUUCGGCUGCGACCUGGGAGAGCACCUCCUCAACUCAGGACUGGAUGUUCCACAGGUUCUGAAGAGCUGCUCAGAGUUCAUAGAGAAGCAUGGUGUGGUGGACGGCAUCUACAGGCACUCUGGAGUCUCCUCCAACAUUCAGAAACUCCGACAUGAGUUUGACAGUGAGAAUGUUCCAGACCUGACCAAGGAUAUGUACAUGCAGGACAUCCACUGUGUGGGGUCCCUGUGUAAACUCUACUUCAGAGAGCUGCCCAACCCCCUGCUCACCUACCAGCUCUACGACAAGUUUGCUGACUGUAUGGGAGAGAUGACGGACGACGAGCGCAUGGUGAAAGUACAUGAUGUCAUCCAGCAGCUCCCACCACCGCACUACAGGACCCUGGAGUACCUCAUUAGACACCUGGCUGGUCUGGCCACCUGCAGCGGAGAGACCAGCAUGCAUAUCAAGAACCUGGCCAUCGUCUGGGCCCCCAACCUGCUCAGGUCUAUGGAGAUCGAGGCGGUGGGUCUGAGUGGUGCUGACCCGUUUAAGGAGGUGCGGAUCCAGUCUGUGGUGGUGGAGUUUCUCCUCGGUCACGUGGACGUGCUCUUCAGUGACUCCUUCACCUCUGUAGGACGCUUCACAGGCACAGGGCGGCACUCUCUGACCAGGCCCAAGUCCUUUGUGUCCACCAGGCUGCUCUCCCUAGAAGAGGCCCAGGCCAGGACACAGGCCCCUCUGCUCCUCCAGGGGGCGCCAGUCCAGUUCCAGGGCCAGUUCCACACCGUGCUGGACCACCCUGUCGACAGGAGGAAGAGAGGGCUGAAGGUACGGAAGGCAGCUGGAGGGAGCUGGAAGACGUUCUUUGCUAUCGGGAAGCCCCUGGGGGCGGGGCAACGUAAACCAAUGAGGAUCAGCUCCCUGUUCCAGCCCGCCACCUCACAUGCAGGUUGUCGUGUGGACAGUGUGACCCUGCGUUCAGCUAAGAGUGAGGAAUCCUUAUCAUCCCAGCACAGUGGAGCAGGACAGUCUAUCCGUCUGCGGCGGCCCCGCUCCAGCAGUGACGGUUUGUCUUUGGCUGCCUCCAUGGACCCCCAGCACCUGCCCCAGCGCCCCCCGUCCCGCCUGCCUUCCAGCCGCUCGUAUGACAGCCUGCUGCCUGAGGACCGCCGGCCCAGGGAUGAUGGAGACGAUGAGCAGGAUGAAGACGAGGAAGGCAUCUACAUGCUGCCUGACUUCUCCAACCAGGACCCGGCUGCUUCCUGGAUGGCCGAGGACGUCAUUGACUUCAGCCCCACCUUCCUGGAGGACGGACCAAUCGGCUUGGGCAGCAGCAUAGUCACCGCAGGCGGCAGGGAGUCCCCGCCAACUACCACGCCCCAUCCCUACCGCUGCCUCAGCCACCAAGGACACUCUCACUCCAGCAGCCAGCGCUCAAUCACAGAGGACCCCGACUCGGUGCUCAACCAAUCGGAUGCGGCCGUCAGGAGAAGUCUGAUUAUUGCCGCCACAGCCCCGCCCCUUCAGGUGUUCUGUCAACACAGACCGGCCAAUACCAGCCCAUCUGCCGGCCAAUCAGGGGAGGGUGCCAACCUGAGUACCUCACACAGUCAAAGCCAGGGCCAGCCCACUACACCUGUGACCUCUGCUCAGCCCCCGCCAGAGAGAAGAUCUUUCACCCGGAAGAUGGUUAAUGCCUUCUCACAAAAAGCCCCCAAGUCCCCUACACUGGACAUCUCUGACCCUGUAUCCAUCAGCGUCCCAGCUAAGGUGUUGGACAUGAUUGGGGGGCGAGCUGGUGAAUUACAGCCUGGCAUCCCGAGCAGUGGCCCCUCCCAGUCGCACCCUCCUCAGAUGAUCUCCAUGCUGCUGAGGUCAUGUGACUUCCAGCUGACGGAGAGCUGCCAGCAGGAGAUCCGCAGCAAACUGGGCCCCGAGGCCAAGAUCAGAGGACAGGGUAUAACGGGACCCACCGGCCCUCCCCUGUUCGCCCAGCCUCCCCCCCCCCCUCCAAAAAACCCAGCACGCCUCAUGGCCCUGGCCCUGGCUGAGAGUGCCAACAAGGCCCUGAGACAGGGCGCCUCGCCCCCCUACCGCCCCCCUCAGUCCCGGUCCCAGGAUGCAGCCGACACCCGCUACCAGAGGUCCCUGUCUGCCGACGCAGGAGAGCUGCUGUCCUCUGACCCCAAUCAGCUCUACUCCACAGUGCGCCCCCUGUCUGUGUGGAUGACCGAGGGAGAGGGAAACGCGACAGAGACUGCAGCAGAUACAGGACACGGCCAGGGAGAGAGGACUCCAGGACAGGAUAUGGGGACCCUGUCCUCUGAGACGUCUGACUCUGUGGCGUCCAACUCGGAGCUGUCUGGUGGGAGCGCCUCUGGAGACGACCAGACCCCCAGCCCAAUCUACAAGAACCAGAAGCAGCUGUUCCAGUCACAGCCCGCCAAACCAGGCCAGUCUGGGGAGAAACCUAGCCCCACUGAGUCCCAGUCUCAGAGGAAGCCCCCAGCCUACUCACGCCAGUUCUCUGCCCCUCACCUCCAACAGAAAUCAACCUCCACCCACUCCAAGCCGUCCUCAGCCCACCCCCAGCUCCUGCACUCCAAGUCAGAGUCCCCUCUGACUCAGGUCCGUGCCUUCCAGCCCACCCGCCCCAAAGUACCCCCUAAGCCCCUGGAUCUGGAGCGUCCCCAUAGAGCACCACUGGCCCAGACUGAGAUGCGUCGCUCCCUGGACUCAGAGCGCAUCAGGCGGAUCUUUGGUCAGCAGGGGAACCCUCCUCUGGCCAGGGCCUUCUCAGAGCGUCUGAGUGGAGCUCCAGACCACCUCACCCGCUACCUCGCAGCCAGCCAACCAUCCCCGGGUCAGCAGCCGCCUCAGCAGGCCCAGAUCCGGCCCGUGCCCCUCUCCUCCACCUCAGAGGACCAGGGAAGGAUGGAAAACUUCUACUACGAGAUUGCCGGGCCUGAGAACCCGCAGGGCCCCCCCAGCUACGCCCGCCACAGCUACCAGAACAUGAGGCUGGACCUGGAGGGUAACUUCCGCCCAGCCCCCCACCCAGAGGCCAACAAAAGGCCCAUCUCUCGGGGGCAUCACCAACCCCAGCCUCUCCACCACAACCAGGGUGGACCCAGGGAGAGUGGGCCCCAACUCUGGUCCAAAGAAGCCACGCGGGCUUGGGCAGCCGCCCACUCCCAGUCCCAUUCAUUCUCCCACGGACACUCUCACUCUCACCACCACUCCCAGGACGGCUCCACCCACCACCGUCACCCUUCUCACCCCCGGCCCCAGCGCCAGACCUCCUCCUCAGUCCGGCUGGCCCGUAGUGAGAUGCACCCCCUCCCCUCCUCCUCCAUGGUUCCCCUGGCGCUCCACCAGCACCAACGCAACCUCCACCGCUCCAACAGGUCAGCCUCUACAGACCUCACCGCCUCCCAGCUACACCCCUAUUUUGAAAACGGGAAGGUGUGCUAUCGUAAGCCAGAGGAGGCUCCUCUGAGUCUGAGCCAGCCUCCCCAGGGCAAGUCUCUCCAGGGCCAGCCAUCCCAGCCCUCUCCUCCCCAUGCCCACAGACCGACCUCCAAGGACCUGUCUGAGCCCAUCUACGUCAACUUCCCUUUCCCCAGCCCCUCUACUGGGGCCCAAAAGAGCUGGACCAGCACAGACCUGGAUGGAGACUCUCCACACGAUUUUGAACCUCUUGCCUUGCCAAACGACCCCCCUCCCCCAGAGGACCAGAGACAGUCCUCCCCCCACCUGGCCCCUGACCAGGCAGGCUCCACCAGCGUCAGCCUCACCCCCUCCACUCCAGACAGCCCAGCCGCCCACAAUGACUCGGCAGCAACGACCCCAGGGAGCAUCCAGGAGAGCGACUUCCUCCCAGCGCCCACAGCGUCUACAUCGAUAGGCAUCCACUGCCGCAGCCGCUCAGACCCCCAGAGCUCCAGCUGUAGUACGGAGCCCAUCCAAGGCCUGUCGGGGAAGGAGAUUGCCUCCCUGCUGAUAGAGAAGCUGGCUGAGGAGGAGAGGGCUGAGGGUCCCUCCACAGUCACCUCCUCCUCUGCCUCCACCAGCUCCUCCCCUGCCAUGGAGCACCCUGCCAACCCCUACCCCAGCCAGCAGCACAACCAGUCCCCGCCUGCCUAUAAUGUCUACACCCCGGGCCCCUCACGGAUCAGGGCUCCUCAGAGGGCUGGGGCAGGGGGCUUCCAACGCCAAGACCCGCUCCGGAGGUCCUCGCCCGGGGGCCAGUACAGGCAGGCCUUUGACGUCAUGCCCUCAGGCGAUCAGGUGCUCAAAUACUACCGGACCCAAGACUUUACCCAGGGAGAGCACCAGAGCUCUGGCGCUAACCCCUACCCCCCAUGGCAGCACUACCAGGAGCCCCCCUACCCCAUCCAGAGCCCCCAGGACCCCUGCUCCUCCAGCUACCCCAGCCAGCCCCUCUUGGAGCCCUCAGACUCCCCGUCUGCAGCCUUCUCCAACCUGACGCUGGGGGCCCCCAGGCCCUACCCCGGCCAGCCAGGAGGCCUCCAGUACAGCCGGUACCCAUUCCAUCCUGGCCCGAUGCUGGGCCAAUACCCCAACCCUCCCCCCCGCAGAGAUGUGGUCCACGAGCCGGUCCUGCGGCCGCAGGGUCUGAGGAACCCGAGAGGGCUGGCACGGCAGGGCAGCUUACCUGGACCAUCACCCAACUGGACCAUCCAUACUGAGGGUCAGACACGCAGCUACUGCUGAGGAGGAGCACAAAGUAGUCUUUUACACACGGUACCCUAUCAGACUGAAUGUGAAAUAGAGAGAAAGAGCUAGAAAGAGACCAUGUAAAACUCUCAUGGUCCACAGAGAAAGGAACAGGACGAUAGAAAGUCCUCCUGGAAACGUGAGACAACAGGUCAUGUCUAGAAAUGGAACCAAGGGCAAGGCAUUCUGGGGUAGCUAGACAUACAGUCCAGUUUCUUGUUUGAACAUUCCCUGGGGCCUAUCACCACUUCCCAUCUGCAACCACUGGACCAAUGAGAAAGAAGGGAACAAUGAUGGAAGGCGAUAAAGAGAUGAACCGAAAAGUGGCUUAGAUUUGAAAACAUUCCAGAGCAGACUGUUGUUGUGAACAUUGAGAAAGAAUGGCGAAUAGCUGCCAGGGUCUUUUCUGGAUCAACAUGGGGCUUAAGUGGUGGGCGUGGCCAAUGGUGCGGUGGCCGAGUGACAAUUUUAGAGGCCCUUCUGUUGGCCGCAGUGACAAAAUGUAGUGGUUUUCAAGCAAAUGUUGUGCAAUUCUACUCAUUUUGCCAUGUGACGGAGAUACAAUCUGACAGUUUUAAAGCAUAUUUUCUCCAAUUCAAAAAAAUCUGGUGGUCCCCAUGCUAUGACAAAAAUUCCUGAAUGCAUCAUUUUGGGAAUUUUAGAUUCUCCCUGAUUGUCUAGCUUUUAUUUAGGUGAUGCUUAGUUCUCAAAGAUGAUCUUAUUUAAAAUAUAUAUAUAUAGGUUCAUUAUCUUUUCUACGUACUUCACAUCUCAUUUUAGUAAUUUAAGUUUACAAAUUGAAAAUGUUUUCCAUUCCGAAAAUUAUUUAUUGUAUAUAUAUCAGUCAAAAGUUUUGACACAGCUACUCAUUCAAGGGUUUUUCUUAUUUUCUACAUUGUAGAAUAAUAGUGAAGACAUCGAAACAUUGAAGAAUCUUAAAUCUCUUUAACAUUUUUUGGUUCCUACAUUAUUCCAUGUGUUAUUUCAAAGUAACCACCCUUUGCCUUGAUGACAGCUUUGGCAUUCUCUCACCUGGAAUGCUUUUCCAACAGUCUUGAAGGAGUUCCAACAUAUGCUGAGCACUUGUUGGCUGCUUUUCCUUCACUCUGCAGUCCAACUCAUCCCAAACCAUCUCAAUUGGGUUGAGGUCAGGUGAUUGUGGAGGCCAGGUCAUCUGAUGCAUCACUCUCCUUCUUGGUCAAAUAGCCCUUAUACAGCCUGGAGGUGUAUUGGGUCCUUGUCCUGUUGAAAAACAACAGAUAGUCCCACUAAGAGCUUGAAGAAACUUUGAAAGUUCUUGACAUUUUACGGAUUGACUGACCUUCAUGUCUGAAAGUAAUAAUGGACUGUUGUUUCUCUUUGCUUAUUUGAACUGUUCUUGCCAUAAUAUGGUCUUUUACUAAAUAGGCAUAUCUUCUGUAUACCACCCCUGCCUUGUCACAACACAACUGAUUGGCUCAAAUGCAUUAAGAAGAAAAUAAAUUCCGCAAAUUAACAUUUUAACAAGGCACACCUGUUAAUUGAAAUGCAUUCCAGGUGACGACCUCAUGAAGCUGGUUGAUAGAAUGCUGUCAUCAAGGCAAAGGGUGGAUACUUUGAAGAAUCUAAAAUAUUUUGAUUUGAUUAACACUUUUUUGGUUACUUCAUGAUUCCAUAUGUGUUAUUUCAUAGUUCUGAUGUCUUCACUAUUAUUCUACAAUGUAGAAAAUAGUAAAAAUAAAGAAAAACCCUUGAAUGAGUAGGUGUGUCCAAACUUUUGACUGGAUAUAUCAUAAUUUUGAGUCUUUUUUUACAUAAGCGGCCUGGAAAAGCACUUAGGCAGACCGCCCAAGUCUUUUCUAUGCAGAAAAAAACCCUGGCUGCUGUACUUUUUAACAGAGUAUUAGGUAUUCUGCACAGUGGCUGUUAGACUGGCUGUGGGUCAGGUUUGAUUGGGUUUGCCUUUAUUUUUUACAAUGUUGUAGUACUGAAAAAGGACUACACAGGGAAAUAACCUCAGUCUGUCUCCUUUUUUAAAAAGAAGAACCUCAAAAGCUGCUGAGUUGGUUUAGUGGUUUUCAGAAGCUUGAUUUUACAUGUUAUAUUUAUUUUAUUUUUAGUUUCGAGGAAUGCAUGUAAUAUAAAUAAUUUGUUUCAAAUAAGAAGUCUGUCGUUCCACCAAUUCGGUGCCUUUUGAGAUGUGUAUUAUUUGUUGAUUUCACCUACUUUAGACAUAGUCAUAAAGAGCACAUGUUCAACUUUCCCAUCUCAAGGUUAAAUAUUUUUUAAAUGACUAGCAAGUGCCAAAUAUAGUAACAUGGUUGACAAGUUCAUCUUAAAUCGGCCAUAAAUCCCCUAGUGGCAGAGGAAAUGUAAGCUUGUUGUGUGCAACAGGGAGGGGCAAUUGAAUGCACACUUCACAAAAUAAUACAAUUAUCUAGCCUAGUUAACAGGGUUCUGCUCGGCCCGCUCAGUUUUCCACCACAAAACACCAGAAAUGUUUUCAGAAGAACCAGCUCAACUGCUCUUAAUCAAUUAUUUGGACUAGUAGAUGUUCAAUGUUUAUUAUUAUUUAAAAAGGAAUAUUAUUUUAAGUUUCACCAUAUUAAAACGAGUUCAGUUCACAUAACCGGGUUGCGCUUAAAAUUAGGGAAAGGUUUAUAUUUUUCUUAAAUGAAUGACUAAUCACAUUUUUAAAUGAAUAUUAAUCAUACAUGACUGUCAAAGCAACAGAAUGACUAGGGCUUUACAAUGAUGGAGAAAUGUUCAUCUUCUUGGAAGUCACAGAGGGACAUAUCAAAUGCAGAAUUUUGGCACUUUAGCAAGUCUUUAUUCAUAUAAAAAAAUAUAUUUAUUGAAUUCUCCAUGUGGUCUAUAUUAAAGGCCACUUCAUUAAAUAUAACGCUUUUAAAAUUCAGUAUUGGUGCACAAUUUUGUACUUAAAAUAUCAAAAGGACGCAAAAGGCACUUAUUUCGUGGAACGACCCAAGUAGAAUUUGAUUGUUUUAAUUUUUAUCCCUGGACAGAAUGUGAGUGUGUGAAUGUAUGUACGCAUGUCUAAAUGUGUCCAUGUAACCAAUGACGAGUGUCUCUUAUGGUGAGCUAAAAAAGCACAUAAUUCAGCAAAUGAAAAACUGAAUCAAAACAUUGCCUUCUGUUUUAGGGAAUCUGUUUUUACAGACAGUACUUUGUCGUUUUAGGAUUAGUGGUACUACACUAGUUUGUGCUUUCAUUCUGAAUGCUGUGUGUGUGUCUCUCUGUCUGCCUGUCUGACUGCAGAAAGUUUGUACUGUGUGUCUUAUCUAAUGUACUUAUCCUUGAAGGAUGUUUUUGUACAUGUUAAGUCGAACAGAUGCUUUUAUCCAAAGCAAUGUACUGCGCUGAUAAUACAAUACCACUCACACUGGUCCUCGGUUGUUUUUCUGUAUCUGUGUUGGUUGAAUACAACAGAAGCACCCCAGAUGUCCUUACCUCCAUUUUGGGAGUUAUACUCACUGCCUGCCCCUAUGCAACAUAUACCUGACACGUACAACACAUUACUAAAGGUGUGAUGUGAUGAUUCAGUGGAGGCAGAAACCAAUUUCAUUCCAUUAACAAACCACCAUGUCUUAAUUCAUGUAUCUCCCCCAUUCUGGUGUUGGGACUGCAAUACUGUUAUUGGACAACAGGGGGAGACACUUCGUCUCUGUAGAUCAUUACCUAUACUGUAAUGGUUUUUGCACAGACUUCCACUAUAUUGAACUGGGUGUGCGCACAUGUAUAUCACUUCCCUUCUGUCCCUAUGACUGUCGGUUACAAAACUGGUUCAAUCCUUUCCCAGUCGUUGGUAUGUCUCACUAAUGUCUUUGUGGAUACUUUUCCAUCACAGAUAGACAAAUGUCCCAGUGUAGUUGUAUUGUAGGAGAGCUAAACAAAGGACAAGGUUCUAUUAGGCUAGUUUAGCAGUGCUGUCCAUUGAACAUUGGGAACUAUACAUCUUUCAGGGGUGUUUCCUCAACUGUGUUUUUAAUGCUGUGAUACCACUGUAGUGAAGUGCGAGGGAAGGAAGAGCUGUUUUGUAACGGGGGUGAGAAUGUGAAAAAUGGUGCCACUGCUGAGAUGUACUUUGGUUUUUGUUUGAUGUGCCUUUUUGAUGAACAAUCAUUUGGUUCCAUAAAGCAUGUUAAGGCGGUAUCUUUCUCUCUUUAAGUCCGGGCUGGAAACAUUGUGAAUGGUAUCUUGCCACGUGCACUAUAGCUCUUUACUAUGACAGUACAAAGCAGCAUACAGGACCUGGUACUCUUUGUGUCCCUAAACUCCUUAGAUUAAAGAAAAUUGCACAUUUUUCAUUGAACUCCCUAAUGACUCUGGACUUGGGCUUUUUGAAGGAUAAUUGUUUGUGUGAACGCAUGUGUGUUCUCUGUUACUGUGUGGGUGUGUGUGAGUAUGGUCCUGUUGUGUGAGCAAGCAUGCAUCCCUCCCUCCCUCCCUCCCUCCCUCUUCUAUAUCUAUGCAGUGACCAAGUACAUUGAAGUCCAUAUAAGUUGGAAAUACUUAAAAUGGCUAUACUACCUAUGUGUGUAUUACAGGUGUGUGUGGGUGUAACCUGAAUUUUCAGUCCAAUACGAUCCCUUUCAGCCUUAUAGCACUUGGCAAAGGCAGUUAAUCUUAUUUUGUAAUAUUUUCCAAGGUGUGAAUUAAAAGCCUGAUGGUUACAUCACAGAUGAAACAA